AAUUGUUGGGACACUUUUUCAGGUGUGUCAGCCCAGUCCUUCCUUCACUGCUUUACACUGACUAGUUCUGCUUUUAACCUGCAAGUUGCAACUCCUGGGGGGAAGUCCAUUGAUUUUGUGGAUGUGAACGAGAGCAACAUGCGCUGGAUACAGGACUUCCGUAUGAAAUCCUACGCAAACCCUGCCAAGUUGGAGUCGAUUGAUGGUGCUAGAUACCAUGCAUUGCUGAUUCCAAACUGUCCAGGGGCUAUGACUGACCUAGCAAACAGUGGGUACCUGGCUAAGAUACUGCAGCACUUCAGCACUGAGAACAAGCCUAUCUGUGCGGUUGGACAUGGAGUUGCAGCUUUGUGUUGUGCCACUAAUGAGGAUAAAUCGUGGGUAUUUCAGGGAUACAGCCUGACAGGGCCCUCUGUGUACGAACUAGUAAGGCAGCCCAAUUUUGCGAGUUUGUCCAUUAUCGUGGAAGAUUUUGUGAAAGAUUCUGGAGCUACGUUUAGCGCCAGCAGUCCAGAUGCUGUACAUGUCGUGCUGGACAGGCACCUGGUGACAGGACAGAAUGAGAAUUCCACUCUUCCUGCGGUCCAGAAUCUUCUUAUUCUUUGCAAUGUCAGGUGAAUGUGUUAAAAGUCCUUUCCUGGCUGUGGACUAACAGGUAGUGUCAUGUUUGGAUGUGUUUCAGCAGGAAAUGAAGGAGCAGGUCUCUGCAGAUAGGAUGGACGAAGAGCCAGCAUGCUAAGGAUUUUCUUGUCUGUUAACUGGAUAAAACAUACCUUUAAAUUUCUGGCCUGGAUUAUGAUGCAACUGUGGCAGUGAAGUGGCAAUGUGAGGUUUUGCAUAUAUAGAAUGGAUGAAGGUUGUGAACGAGAAAACUUCAAAGUGCAUCACACUUCAGAAGCAAUUAUGAAACCACCUUUCAUUUUUGUUGCUCCAUCCUUUUUCACUGCUUCUCUCUAGACCCUUACUUUACAGAUGUGGGAACUGUGUCUUGUUAAAAUAAAAGAAGUUGGUGCUACAAAUACAAAUCACUGAAGCUGAAGACCCUACUCUAGGCUGACGUUAUCCGGAUCAUUAGUAACUGCCUCAAAGAGCACUUGGAACUCUGAACCAUCUGGUGUUUGUGCUUCAGAUAUCAAAAUCUACACCUAGAGCUUCAUGGAAAUGCAAUUUCAGAUGCGUUCUCACCUUCCUUUUGGUAGGUCGCAAGGUUACUGCCUGAAAUCUGAAUGUGUCUGGAGCACUUGGAUAUACUUGAAAUAGGGUGGAAAAUGCUUGGCUGAACUCUGAAUAAAGCAGAAUCAGUUGUUUGAAGGCAGCUCACUGUGGUGAUCCUGUUAGCAUAAUGUGCCCUUGUUUUCUUCCUUGCCUGUUCACAUUAUUGGACUUCUGUUUAAAAAGUUUGCUCAGCUGUUUUUAAAUUGUCUUCUGACUGGUUAUUUGUUCUGCUUUGUGGUGUUUAUGUUCUGAUUUUUGUUCUCUUUGAAAUGUUUGAAAUAUUUUUCUCUGGCAAGUACAUUGCAGUGGUCUUGCUGGAAUCUUACAGACAAAAGAAGAGGAAACAGAGGCAGCUAACAUGGAUCACAGCUUCUGAGGAUCUAGCUGUAAGAUGAAAUCUGUCCUUCUAUUUCCUUCUGAGCAGCAGAUGCGGCUUGAGGUUGAGCAUGGAAAGGAAUAAUCAGACCAAGAAUAUUUUUCACUGUUGCAGGCUCAAACAUACUAAAUCUGUGGGAAAGUAGACAAAUUAACAUUUUUCCUUCAGUCUCAGAACCGCAGGCAAUACUUCUGCAGUGCUCUGUGAGGGAAGAGAUCUUUGUGGUUGCAUUUUUUUUCUUAACAGGACAAUAUGAUGUAUUGGUUUAUAACCAGUUGUCAAGCAGGUUAAUUUUAGGUUCUUUCUGUAGAAAUUCAAUUUCAUUUCUGUCUUAAGAAUUUGGUGUGAUUUUUAAAAGAUGAACAGCUAUGGGAUUUUUUGGAUCUUUUACUGUUAUAUUCUGGACCCCAGCUUACAGAUUUUUUGCUUUGAUAAAAAUUAAAAACAGAAUUUGAAAUUGAAAUUGGGCUUUGGUAGAAAUUAAACUGCCAAAUAGCUUUGAUAGCUUAAAUCUUCAUUCCUGACAAGUUUUCUUACAGAUUUGUUGACCUCUGUCACCAUCAGGGCAUACUUUCCAUCUGGAUUUUGUAAUGAGCUGUCCACUGAAAUGAUGUGGAAAGAUUGUGUAUUUGUAUUGCAGUAGUAUUUGGAAUUGGGUUCGUGUUGAACAUUGUGCACCUACAGCAAGGAGAUGUGCUCUGCCACCAAAAGCUUCAGGCUUCAUGCCCUGGACUCCACUGAUUGCCUGAGCAGGGAACUUAGCAGGGCUGAGUUAGGGUCUCCAGGGGUCCUGGAGGAGGUGGGUGCAACUGAUGUGGCUUCUGAGGUGAGGGAGCUUUGCCACACCUGAUCGAACCCCUGACUGCAGCUGCAAAGUGAAUCUUGUUUCUGAAGUGGGAGCCUGAGAGAUCUGUAUUGCCUUUGAGGCUGUGUGUCCAUGUGAUUCUGUCAAAAAUCACUAGACCUUUCGUUGCCUGCCUGCAAAAAUAGAAUAUUGCUGUCUACCCUG